UCUUGAACUUUCUUUUAUCAUCAUUAAAUAUAUAUGUUAACAAUUAAACCCAUCGUGUGAAGGGUUUAAACGGCGACUACGCCGGUGACAAGCUUUCCGGCCAGGACAAUAAGAUGACUUCUACUACAACCACCAUUCUCUUCAUCUUCUCCGAAUUCCAAUCCAAGUUCCCCAAUUUUCUUCUUCCUCCACGGAUUCAUACCCGCAACAAACCCCUAUCACUUUCUCUUCAACCAUCCAAAUUCCGCGCAACCCAUUUCUCACUCUGCUCUUGUUCCCGCACCCCAAUCAAACCCUCUUCAAGUUUCUCACCUCAAAGUAGUUUAACCAAAUUUAUUUCACAAAAGAUAGCAUUUUUUCUUCUUGGGUCGUUUAUCUUCAUCGGUUACUUCAGCAAAAGACCCGCAUUUGCAGUUGCGGUACCUUCUCUCAGUUCUGCUGAAACGUUGGAGGAGAAGAAACCAGUGGAGGGGGAAAGCGAUGAGCAGGAAAUGAAUGAGAAGAUUUUGGAGACGGAUCCUAGAAAUGUUGAGGCUCUCAAGGUGACUGUGUAUGGGAAAAUCAGGAGAGGCAAGUGUAAGGAAGCUGAGAAGUUUGUGAAGAGGUUGAUUGAUAAGGAACCGAAUGAAGUUGAGUGGAGGCUUUUGCUUGCACUGUGUUAUGAGACAAUGGGGUACUUGAGUAAGGCUAAGGGAUUGUAUUUGGAAAUCUUGGAGAAUAUGCCUCUUCUUGUUAGAGCUUUGCAUGGUCUGGCUAUGGUGAUGCACAAAAACAACGAAGGUCCUGCCGUAUUUGAAACGUUGAACAAAGCUCUAGAGUUAGCUAUUAGUGAAAACAAAGUUACGGAGGAGAGAAAUAUAAGAAUCUUAACGGCACAAAUGCUUGUUGUGCAGGGUGAAUUGGAGGAGGGCUUAAAAAGAUGUCAAGAUUUGAUCAAUCAAAAUCCUCGAGAUUUUAGACCUUAUCUUUGCCAGGGAAUAAUAUUCAGUCUUCUGGAUAAAAAGGAGGAAGCUGCGAAACAGUUUGAAACAUAUCAAGCUCUUGUGCCUCAAGAGUUUCCUCAGAAGGGAUUUCUUGAUGAUAUCACGUUAGCAGCAAAAGGAACGUCUCAAGUACAGUUUCAGAAGGAAUUCAGAAAUCAAUUUUCUAACCAAAAAUAGGAAAAGGAAAAGUAUAGGAAAUUUUCUUCUUUGCUGUCUUGGAGAUAAUGAGUAAGCAAUGCAGUAGCAGUAGCAGUAGCAAUAGCACGCUCUUGUAAAAGCAAAAGGUUUAGAUUAUUUUAAUGAUACCAUAGAAUGAGUAACAUUUUUGAUGUGUGAUUUUUCGUUC